GCAUCGUGAAUGCAGAAAACAAAAUCGUGGGCAUCGGGUACAACGGGAUGCCAAAUGGAUGCAGCGAUGACCUCUUGCCUUGGAGGAGGACAGCAGAGAGCAUCCUGGAUACCAAGUACCCUUACGUGUGCCACGCGGAGCUGAAUGCCAUUAUGAACAAAAACUCAGCAGACGUGAAAGGCUGUAGCAUGUAUGUCGCCUUGUUCCCGUGUAAUGAAUGUGCUAAGCUCAUCAUCCAGGCAGGGAUAAAAGAAGUCAUUUUCAUGUCUGAUAAAUACCACGACAGCAAUGAGACCACAGCUGCAAGGCUCAUGUUUGAAAUGGCCGGGGUCUCCUUCAGGAAAUUCACACCAAAGUGCAGCCAGAUUGUCAUUGACUUUGAUUCAAUUAACAGCAGGCCGAGUCAGAAGCUGCAGUGAGCGCCAUCUCAUUAAAUCUCCUGAAGAUUGGGAUUAUCCUCUUCUAAGAAGCUGCUAAUGCGUCUCAUCUUGAAGUUACACAUAACUUUUUAAUAGCUGGGAUGGCCAAAGUCGACAUCUAAAGAGUAUAAAAGCUCAAGUCUUCCCAACUCACCCCUCCUGUCUCAUGGAAUCUGCAUCUGUUGAAACUCUUGAUUUAGGGUUUAAAGUAAAGGCGCCGCCCCCCAUCCUGUCUCUUGGUUCACUGCUGGCUCUGCAGAAGGGGGUCAGCCGUGUGUCCUCCACUGUUUCACAGCCACUCUUCAACACCACGUGUGCUGGCAACAAACAAAUAAUUGCAGUUGUGUUCCUUCCGAGAUGAGCAGACACCCUGACCUGCCCAGAUGAAGCAAACCAUGUGAUGCCCUCCGGGGGAAGAGAGAGCCCCAUAGGACAGUAGCAUCUAGGCAUGUGCUCUGGAGAGUUGAGGGGAGCCCCCCCACCCAGAAGUCCUGGGGGUGCUGCACCUUCAUCCUGACGGGUGAUGAGUGUCGCUGAGGAUGGGGGUUCUUUCUCCACUUCUGCGGUCCUGCCACCCCUGGGGUGGUGGCACCCUGUCCCUCUAGGGGCUGGGGACCCCUGUUGUUCCAGCUCCUCACUCUUGGUUUGUGGGGGAUGCGGGGCUCUUACCUUAGCGUCUCUGAGUAACGAGUUGUCCUGGAGGAGGCAGCCUGUCUCCCUGCCUCACCCUGGUCCAUGCCCUGCAGGGUGGGGGGUUGUGUGGGUGGAAGGGCGGGCACGCACCUGCUACCCGUGUGCACCACGGUUCAUUCCCAAGGCUGCCCUCCUUGCCCAUCAGUGAAACGGAAGCAGGUUUCUGUUUCGUUCAGGUCUGUUGGUGACGCGAGCUCGCAUGUGCGCCUGGCGCCCUGCCUUCAUCAUCGGCACCACUCUCGCCUUCCUAAUCACCGCCGUUUGGGGAAUGGGUCACAGUGCACCUUGUCUUUAAUCUCAUUUAAUUCUUAGUAAAUGCGCUCAGUACCUUCAUUGAGAAAAUGGUUUCUUCAUCCUAAAGAUUGUGAUCGUUUAAAAAGACUCUCCUCUUAUGAGUUUUUAUUUUGUCUCUGAGGUUCUGUACUCCAAAUUCUGGGGCAUUUGUAAUUUGGCUCCUUGUCAACAUUAUUAAAAUCGUAUUAGAAUCUGCCA